AUGCAGACAUGCGUAAAAACUACACUUCCCCAAAGCUGUCACCGCGCGCUGCCUCCCAUUGGUCGGCCGCUGCAGCCGCAGCCCCAGAGAAUGAAUGAAAUGGAAAUAGCUGGUACAUUACAUGCAUACCGGGCUCUGCAGUGUUGCAUUCUAUCACACUAUACCAAAAUGGCCACAGCGGUACAGAACCCCCUCAAAUCGCAGUCUGGAGGUGCAGUCAUCAAGAACAGCCUUGGUGAGGAGUUCUACAAAGAGGCCAUAGAACACUGUCGCAGCUACAAUGCCCGGCUGUGUGCCGAGCGCUCCAUGCGCCUGCCCUUCCUGGAUUCCCAGACCGGAGUCGCCCAGAGCAACUGCUACAUCUGGAUGGAGAAGAACCAUCGUGGGCCAGGUCAUGCACCAGGUCAGUUGUACACAUACCCCGCACGCUGCUGGCGCAAGAAGAGACGGCUCAACAUCCUGGAGGACCCACGGCUCGGACCAAUCGAAUUCAAAAUUGACUAUGAGGCCUCUCUGAAGAAGGAGGGGGGUAUUCCAGAGGGGCCCGUCUUGGAGUCCCUGCUCGCUGGGGAGACGCCGGACAAGAAGGUGGAAACCAAGGAGGAGGAGCCAAUGAGCGAGUGUCAGAAGUUGCUGGUCGGGGACUUCCCGCAUGAACUAGAGGUGGAGGAGAUGGAGGAAGACAUUCCAAAGCGCAAGAACCGUACCAAAGGACGGGCCUGUGGUGUCGGGGGCAUGAGAAAGAGACAAGAGCCCACUGCCAUUGAAGACAGAGACAAGCCUUACGUCUGUGACAUAUGUGGAAAGCGCUAUAAGAACCGCCCAGGGCUGAGCUACCACUACACUCACACACACCUGGCGGAUGAGGAGGGUGAAGAAGACUCAGAACGACACACACUGCCCUUCCAGCGGAAAAACAACCACAAGCCUAAGAAAGCAGCGGAUGGCUCCGUCAUCGCCAACGGGUACUGUGACUUCUGUCUGGGGGGCUCCAAGAAGACGGGCUGUCCUGAAGACCUGAUUUCCUGUGCCGACUGUGGACGCUCAGGCCACCCAUCCUGUCUCCAGUUCACCAUGAACAUGACGGCUGCAGUGAGGACCUAUCGCUGGCAGUGCAUUGAGUGCAAAUCUUGCAGCCUGUGUGGCACCUCUGAGAAUGAUGACCAGUUGUUGUUCUGUGAUGACUGUGACAGAGGGUACCACAUGUACUGCCUGAGCCCCCCCAUGUCUGAGCCACCAGAGGGGAGCUGGAGCUGUCAUCUGUGUUUGAGACAACUGAAGGAGAAGGCCUCAGCCUACAUUACCCUCACCUAA